AGAAAGGCGAAGGAAAACAGACCGAGGCGAGGGGAAGAAAGAGGCAGAAGGGCGUGUUUCUGCUGCCUUUCCCCUCCCCUUUCUCAGGUCCCUCGCUCGUGCUCGGCGCGCUCAGCGGUUGCUGCUCCCUCCGGGCGAAGCUGGGCAUCGGGUGGGAUCCUCCGGAGCAGCCCCGCCGACCCCGCCCGCCCGCCCGGCCCGAGCUGCCCCUUCGCCGGCUCCCCGCGCGCCUCCCGCCCCGCGCGCUACCCGACGUUCGGCCCCACAGCAGCCCCCGGAGCCCCCGGCCCGGCCCCGGCGGGGCGCCCUCCCCUCCCCCUCCGGUUUGUGCGGGGACCCGGCCCGGCCUUCCACCCUCCCGGGGGCCGCGACCCCGGCCCCCGCCGCCCCUUCGUCCCGCGCUCCAGCCAUGGGCUCGGGGUGCGUCCCCGGGCUCUGCCUGCUCGUCCUGCUGGUCUACGCCCGCGCCGCCCAGCACGGCAAAGCAGCGCAAGAUGUAGAUGAGUGUGUGGAGGGGACUGACCACUGCCACAUCGAUGCCAUCUGCCAGAAUACCCCACGGUCAUACAAGUGCAUCUGCAAGUCGGGGUACACGGGGGAUGGCAAACACUGCAAAGACGUAGAUGAGUGUGAGCGCGAGGACAAUGCGGGCUGUGUACAUGACUGUGUCAACAUCCCUGGUAAUUACCGAUGCACCUGCUAUGAUGGAUUCCACCUGGCACAUGAUGGCCACAACUGUCUGGAUGUGGACGAGUGUGCCGAGGGCAAUGGUGGCUGUCAGCAGAGCUGUGUCAACAUGAUGGGCAGCUAUGAGUGUCACUGCCGAGAAGGCUUCUUCCUCAGUGACAACCAACACACCUGUAUCCAGCGGCCAGAAGAAGGAAUGAACUGCAUGAACAAGAACCAUGGCUGCGCCCACAUCUGCCGGGAGACCCCCAAGGGGGGCAUUGCCUGCGAAUGCCGCCCUGGCUUCGAGCUCACCAAGAACCAACGGGAUUGUAAAUUGACCUGCAACUAUGGUAACGGCGGCUGCCAGCACACAUGUGAUGACACAGAGCAGGGUCCCCGGUGCGGCUGCCACAUCAAGUUUGUGCUCCAUACCGAUGGGAAGACAUGCAUCGGGGAAAGGCGGCUAGAGCAGCACAUGCCCACUCAGACCGUUUCUAAUGAGACCUGUGCUGUCAACAACGGAGGCUGCGACAGUAAGUGCCAUGAUGCAGCAACUGGUGUCCACUGCAGCUGCCCUGUGGGCUUCAUGCUGCAACCAGACAGAAAGACCUGCAAAGACAUAGAUGAGUGUCGCUUGAACAAUGGGGGCUGUGACCACAUUUGCCGCAACACAGUGGGCAGCUUUGAAUGCAGCUGCAAAAAGGGUUACAAGCUUCUCAUCAAUGAAAGGAGCUGCCAGGAUAUAGAUGAGUGCUCCUUCGAUAGAACCUGUGACCACAUGUGUGUCAACACACCAGGAAGCUUCCAGUGCCUCUGCCAUCGCGGCUACCUGCUGUAUGGUGUCACUCACUGUGGGGAUGUGGAUGAAUGCAGCAUCAACCGGGGAGGCUGCCGCUUUGGUUGCAUCAACACUCCUGGCAGCUACCAGUGUACCUGCCCAACAGGCCAGGGCCGCCUUCAUUGGAACGGAAAGGAUUGCACAGAGCCAGUGAAAUGUCAGGCCAGUCCUGGGACCUCAAAAGCCAUGCUCAGCUGCAAUCGGUCUGGCAAGAAGGAUACCUGUGCCCUGACCUGCCCCUCUCGGGCCCGGUUUUUACCAGAGUCCGAGAAUGGUUUCACAGUAAGCUGUGGUACCCCCAGCCCUAAAGUUGCUGCAGCCCGAGUUGGCCACCCCGGGAACAGCACCACCUCCAACCACUGCCAUGAGGCUGCAGUGCUAUCAGUUAAGCAGCGGGCCUCCUUCAAGAUCAAGGACGCCAAAUGUCGUUUGCACCUGAGGAACAAAGGCAAAGUAGAGGAGACCAGCAGGAUCUCGGGGCCAGGUGGUGCCCCCUGCUCGGACUGCCAGGUCACCUUCAUCCAUCUCAAGUGUGACUCCUCUCGGAAGGGCAAGGGCCGGCGGGCCCGGACCCCUCCAGGCAAGGAGGUUACCCGGCUCACCCUUGAACUAGAGGCUGAGGUCAGAGCUGAAGAAACGACAGCUGGCUGUGGGCUGCCCUGCCUCCGACAGCGAAUGGAACGGCGAUUGAAAGGGUCCCUGAAGAUGCUCAGAAAGUCCAUCAACCAAGACCGGUUUCUGCUACGCCUGGCAGGCCUUGAUUAUGAGCUAGCCCACAAGCCAGGCCUAGUAGCUGGGGAUCGAGCAGAGCUAGUGGAGGUCUGCAGGCCUGGGCAGCACCAAGCAGGUGCCAAGUGUGUCAGCUGCCCGCAGGGAACGUAUUACCACGGCCAGACGGAGCAGUGUGUGCCAUGCCCAGCGGGCACCUUCCAGGAGAGGGAAGGGCAGCUCUCCUGCGACCUUUGCCCUGGGAGUGAUGCCCACGGGCCUCUUGGAGCCACCAACGUCACCACGUGUGCAGGUCAGUGCCCACCUGGUCAGCACUCAGUAGAUGGUUUCAAGCCCUGUCAGCCAUGCCCACGUGGCACCUACCAACCUGAAGCAGGUCGGACCCUGUGUUUCCCCUGUGGCGGGAGCCUCACCACCAAGCAUGAGGGGGCAGUCUCCUUCCAGGACUGUGACACCAAAGUUCAGUGCUCCCCAGGGCACUACUACAACACCAGCAUCCAUCGCUGUAUCCGCUGUCCCAUGGGCUCCUAUCAGCCAGACUUCCGUCAGAACUUCUGCACCCGCUGUCCUGGAAAUACAAGCACUGACUUUGACGGUUCUACCAGUGUGGCCCAGUGCAAGAAUCGGCAGUGUGGAGGGGAGCUAGGUGAGUUCACUGGCUACAUCGAGUCCCCCAACUACCCGGGCAACUACCCAGCUGGCGUGGAGUGCAUCUGGAACAUCAACCCCCCACCCAAGCGCAAGAUCCUUAUCGUGGUACCCGAGAUCUUCCUGCCAUCUGAGGACGAGUGUGGGGACGUCCUCGUCAUGAGAAAGAACUCAUCCCCAUCCUCCAUUACCACUUAUGAGACCUGCCAGACCUACGAGCGCCCCAUUGCCUUCACGGCUCGUUCCAGGAAGCUCUGGAUCAACUUCAAGACGAGCGAGGCCAACAGCGCGCGUGGCUUUCAGAUUCCCUAUGUGACCUAUGAUGAAGAUUAUGAACAGCUGGUAGAAGACAUUGUGCGGGAUGGCCGGCUCUAUGCCUCUGAAAACCACCAGGAAAUCUUAAAGGACAAGAAGCUCAUCAAGGCCUUCUUUGAGGUGCUGGCCCACCCCCAAAACUACUUCAAGUACACAGAGAAACACAAGGAGAUGCUGCCAAAAUCCUUCAUCAAGCUGCUUCGCUCCAAAGUGUCCAGCUUCUUGAGGCCCUACAAAUAGUGCCUAUAGGCCCAAAGACCCAGGUUUUGGAGCUCCCAGACUCCUAAUCCCUCAGAGCCAGCAUCCCCCAACCUCAGACAAGAAAUUCUCUCUUUUUGGAGGAAAAAUAUCAUUACACAGACCAGGCACUCUCCCUUCUGUCUUCCUAGUUUUCCUUCUCUCUCUCUCUCCCCCCCGACCCCCACUUCUUACAUGUUCCCUGGAGAAGCCACUCCAUGCUGUCUCUGCUCCCCUGAGAGGUGAAGGAACAGUACUGUCUCCUCCUCUGCCCAUUUCACUAGCACAUGGCCCUGGUCCCAUCAUGGAAGGGUGUUUGUGAUAGAAAUGGACCUGCUAGGGAAUGGGGAUGGGAAAGUGGGGUUUCUGCUACUACAGGGUUGUACGUUACUGGUCAGGAGCCAAAAUGUGCUCCUGCUGCAUGCUCCCCUAGGUGACUCAUAACAGCCUUGGGUCCUGCCAAAGAAGGCUUUGACUUAACAGGCUUUACACCAACACCAGGCACUGGGGUACACGGUUUGAGCCCUGGGGGACCCACACACCUGGUUUUCUCAUCUAUACAGCUCCUCUUUCUUCCCCUAGAUGUCUGCCUGGGGUUGACUCCAUAGAGUUUACAAACAGCCCAUACCACUGGGCUGGCAACCACUGGCUGAAUCAGGAAAAGCAGCAGACAUUACCAUCAGUGGGCCACUGUGGCUCACAAGAGAAGAUCUCAAUAGCUUUGCAGAACAGAAAGCAGGUUUUUAAAGCACUGCCUCAAACAGAAACAGAAAGAAAAUGUAUCAUCUAAAGGACUUGACUUCGGAGCAAAUGGGAGCCAGCCUCAAACACUAACCCCUUCUCUUAGGUGUCCUUCCGGGCCCAGCCAUGCCCUCAGCCCCACCUAAGUGCUCCCUGGGGGAGCGCUACUCCCCUUGCUAAGUGUUGUCCUUAAAGAAGCCAGCUGUUGAUCCUAGCAGCCUGGACUUCGCCCCACAGUUGUUUUUUCCCUUGUAGCCCCAGGUGGCUUGUGGGCUCCCCCCAAGGGGACCCUAUUCUGCAGCCAGCCUGGAGCUGCCUACCUCUGGCCUCGGGCUGUGGGCAGCAAGAGGAAUGUGUGUGCACUUGGCAAGCCUCCUGCCCACCCUGUCCAUAUCUAAUAAGUGCAAUCAUUUGAGUUUUUCUGUGUUGUCUAGAAGGAGGGGAUUUGUUUUUUUGUUUGUUUCUUUUUCCUCUUAGAAUAACCCUAUUUAUAGCUGCCCGAGAGAGAAGAGUUUGUUAGGAGUGGAAGAAUAUCAGUUUGACUCUCGAGAGCAUGAGUACUGGAGCAUCUCAUCUGUCUCUAUUCCACCUGUGGCCACCCAGACCUCAGCUGGGCUAAGUCAGGGCAGUCCCUCAGAGACAUCUGAUGUGCAGGACAGUAUUCUGGGCACCUGAUGAAGCAGGAAGGAGAGGGACUAUUGGCCAGACCAGUCCUGCUACUAUCCGCAUGCCUCUCUGGAUUCAACAUAGAUUUCAUGAUUGCAGAUGCUGACAGAAUUGGUCAAUAAUCCGCAGUAGGGAACAGCGCCACGUUUUUGCUGCCUACGUGUCUUCCCCUGGGAUGCUCAGAGAAGAAGAUCAGGACAAACCCCUGGUGGACUCGGGCUUCCAAAGCCAGAUAAGGCUGUAGGAGCCUAGAAUAGGACAGUUAUCCAUAUGUGAAGGAAGGAGAACCAGACAUGGGCCUGACACUGGUCACCUGCCUCUUACAGUUAACUUCAAAUCUGUCUUAACUACUGUUUUUCAGAAGGAAGAAUCACGUUUGUGCCUAUACCCAGGCCCUGCAUAUACUCCACCCUUAAUAUAACUGCUGCCUGUAAAGUCUCUUUAAUUUACUCCUACUCCCCCAAGGUUGUAAAUAGUCAAUGGCCACCAGCUGACUCCUCAGCUCCAGUUCUCGGUGACUGUCCCAAGCUCCUGCUCCCCCCAAGAGACUCAGGCCACCAGCCAAAACAAGUCCUAGCUGUGGACAGAGCAGCAAACAAAGCUAGGUCUCUUGACAUCUGUUAGGUGACACCAUGGUCCUCCAAGUAGAGGUCUGCUGCCUCUGUCUCUGGGUCAGAGAGCUACUGUGAAGUCCUUAAAUGGCUUCACCCAAGAAGGGGAAAUGGUCAUUUAGUAGGAGUGUCUGCACUUCCGAGGAAUGCCAUGAAGCCACUUAAAUCAACUUUGGUCAUCUAACAAGAGGCAAGGAUGACUUUCUGAGUCUUCUCUCCCUGUCAUUUUGCCUCUCUCUUGGAAAGCCACACAGGGCGCGUGCAUCCCAACGUAUGCCAUUAGGGUGUCGCUUCUCCUUGCUCCCUUCCUUUCCUGUUGCCAUAUGCAUACACUUCCUCUGAUCAUGUACUCCAAGGUUGAUGGGACCUGCAAGUGAGUUCCAUGGUACAGAGAGGGCAGACCACUAGGCUUCUUAACUGAUAAGACAGAUGAAGGUGAGCAGGUGAGAGUUUGUUACUAUCCACCAAGUUGGCCACUAGGAAUCCAGGCAAACUGCUGCUGAGCUGUAGGAAACUGGCCCUGAGGUAUAGAACCAUGGAGGUUAAGUGGACUGAAUGAGUUUACACUCAGGGACUCUCUAGGGCUGCAAAGGUCAAAUAAAAGAGGUUUCAGGGGUAAAUGGGGGAGGGGGAGGGGAAGACGGUGUAAAUAGGAAUCCUUCAUGAGCUGAACCAAAAGCUUCCCUGUGGGAUAGGGUGCUUGUGGGGUCACAGAACUGCGUGUGGGUCCUUAUUCAUCUUAGUACAAAACCUGUCCUGAUCUGAGUUUGGGCAUAGGAAGCCAUUUCCACAACGGUUCCAAGCAUCAAGUGACACACGUCAAGAAGGUACUUAGACCUUCAGCAGCGCUGUGACUCCUCUUUAUCCCUUCUGCCUCUUUUUUUCUUGUCAGGUCAGCCCAUCCCUAAACCUGAGGGAGUU